CGCCGAUGUACUUUAGCUGUAUCUGAGCUGCAGAGUAACGUCAAGCAACAAAAAUGCGUCUCUACGAAUUUUCUUUGAUAGUCAUUUUGUUUGUCUCUGCUAUAGAAUUGACUCGAGCCAGCCGUCUUUCGGUAAGCGGAAACAAACUCAUGUUCAAUGGGAAAUCCGUUUUCCUUUCAGGUGUCAACUUUGCGUGGAACUCUUAUGGGUACGACUUUGGAAACGGUCAGUACACGGCAAACUCAAAAACUAUUUUAGAGCAAUGGUUAGCUGAGGUGGCAACAAAUGGAGGCAACAGCGUUCGUGUUUGGCUUCAUGUGGAAGGCGAUAAUACUCCAAAUUACGACGCAAACGGCUAUGUCCUGGGUCCAGAUAAGACUGGGACCCUGAUUCCCGACAUGAAAUCAUUCCUGAAUUCUGCCAAGGCGAAAAAUAUUCUAGUGAUUUUUGUCUUGUGGAACGGCGCCCUUCUUAGGAAUCAGAAUUCCAUCAAUCUAUACUGGGAUAAUAGUAAACUUCAGACUUAUCUUGACAAGGCUUUGACGCCCAUGGUGAAAGCCCUUGCAGCUCAUCCAGCACUAGGAGCUUGGGAAAUCGUCAACGAACCGGAAGGACUACUUUAUAAUAAUAAACCUGACGCCAAUAGCUGUUUCAACACGGUACCUAUUGCAAACUCAGGAGCCGGAUGGACUGGAAAAUGGAUUCCGAUGAAACAAAUCCAGCUAUUUAUCAACUGGCAGGCGGCAGCAAUUAAAGCAGCGGAUCCCGGAGCUUUAGUUACCGUCGGUACUUGGUCCCAGUACAGUCAAACAAACGUUUUCUCCGAUACAAGAAAUUACUAUACGGAUGCCUGUCUGAUUGCAGCUGGAGGGAAAACAUUAGGGAAACUUGAUUUCUACCAAAUUCAUACUUACACACCUUUUAGUGCGUCUGCACCUUUUAAGGUCGUGACUUCAACAUACGGUUUGAAUAAGCCGGUUACGAUUGGUGAAUUUUCUGCCUCUUGUUCUGGAGGCAUGACCAUUCAGCAAAUGUACAAUUACGCCUACGGAAAUGGAUAUCAGGCGGCAUGGGGUUGGCAGUAUGCCGGCGGUUAUUGCUCCGAUUCCAGAGCUACGCUUGAUUUAGGAAUGCUGCAGCUAAAGGGCAAAAGCGGUUCUGGUGGAUUGGUCAACUUCCCUGUCGUCUAGAGAUAACUCUUUUGUGUUUUUGCGAUUAGUGUACUGCAUUAUUAGACACUGUAAAAUGCAAGUCAGGGGAUUUGGUGGUGGAGGGCUGUGAAAAUACACAGAAUAUUGGAGUCUGCAA